CACUACAGGUCCGCGCGCGCUUAGCUGAACGAUGCGUAUAAAUAGUUCGCAACAGCGCAGGGUUGACUGUGAUGAAGAAAAGCAAGGCAACCCAAAAGUUUAGUUUAGUAAGAAGGUAGUUAUCAGCCCCGCCUUAUAACCGGAGGAAUCUGCGGCGGUCAUGUUCUGAUUCAGAGGUGCGGAACAGACGGAGCGGGAUGAAGUCGGUGAUACGGAGCGCCAGACGGCGACCGAUCCGGCGCUUCUACUGCUGCGGAGUCGGGCUUCUCGCGGUCGUGUGGCUCGCACAGGUGCUGCAGCUGACAGAGAUCGAGUCUUCAUGGCCAGAAACAGACUUUCCCAGACGCAGGAUCCUGCAGUAUGGCGUGGAAAAUCAAACAAUUGACACUCCCAGAGCAGCAAUUCAUGAGUUCCCUGAGGACAUCUUCACCAAAGAGCAGCGCAAGAGAGGAGCCGUACUACUGCAUGUGCUCUGUGCUGUCUAUAUGUUCUACGCACUGGCUAUCAUUUGCGAUGACUAUUUUGUUCCAUCCCUGGAGAAGAUCUCAGAGAAUCUGCAGCUGAGUGAAGAUGUGGCUGGGGCGACUUUCAUGGCUGCAGGAAGUUCAGCUCCCGAAUUAUUUACUUCCUUAAUUGGUGUGUUUAUCACAAAGGGAGAUGUUGGCGUCGGUACCAUUGUUGGGUCAGCUGUCUUCAACAUACUGGUCAUAAUUGGAGUGUGUGGCAUCUUUGCCCGUCAGACGGUGGUCCUGACCUGGUGGUCUCUGUUCAGAGACUCGCUGUACUACAUCUUCUCAGUGCUGGCCUUGAUUUUGGUUAUUUAUGAUGAAAGAGUUGUAUGGUGGGAAUCAGUGCUUCUGAUCUCCAUGUAUGGAGUCUACAUCCUUAUCAUGAAGUUUAACAGUCAGAUUGCCAGCUUUGUUCAGAGAUCAUGUGGCAGUCCGGGUCAAUGUUGUGUCAGGAGACAAACGUCCAGAGAUAAAGAGGCUGAUGAAGUGGGAACAAACGGCAACACCUCCAUGGUGCUGUUGAGGAAAGCUCCAGCAGGUUCGCCGCAGGAGUCACCAGUAGUGAUGGUGGAUGAGCUGCUCAUCUUAAGGCCACACCAGCUCUCAUUCCCAGAGGCUGGACUGCGUGUCAUGAUCACACCACAUUUCUCUCCACGCACCCGUCUCACUAUGGCUGGACGCAUGCUCAUCAGUGAGAGACAGAGACUGCUCCAGGAGAAUAAGAUGAGCAGGACCUCAGGGAAGACAUUCGGUUCUAGAGGGAUAGUAAACGGAGGAAGUGUUGAAGCACAGCAGACACCUGAGGACACAGAAAUGACGGAUAGUAAGAAAGGAGCGAAGGUGGAGGUGGAAAACUCUCAGCCUGAGGAAGAGGAUGAGGACGGGGACGAAAUGUUCAAACCUCUCCAUAUUCCUGCUGGCUACUGUGCGCGUCUGAAGUGGCUUGUGUCCUGGCCGCUGGCUGUUCUGCUGUAUUACACAGUGCCUAACUGUGUUUUGCCGCGUUGGCAUCGCUGGUUCAUGAUCACCUUCAUUGCAUCAACCCUCUGGAUUGCUAUUUUUUCCUACCUCAUGGUGUGGAUGGUCACCAUCAUCAGCUACACACUCGGUAUUCCUGAUUACAUCAUGGGAAUCACUUUCCUGGCUGCUGGCACUAGUGUACCCGACUGCAUGGCGAGCCUCAUCGUCGCCCGCCAAGGAAUGGGGGACAUGGCAGUGUCAAACUCCAUUGGCAGCAAUAUCUUUGACAUCCUGCUGGGACUGGGCUUCCCCUGGGCUCUGAGGACGCUAGUAGUAGACCAUGGAUCAGCAAUAUUCAUCAAUAAUAAAGGCCUGGUCUAUUCGGUCAUCCUGCUGCUCGCAUCAGUCUUCCUCACGGUCCUGAGUGUGCAUCUAAACGGCUGGAAGCUGGAUCGGAAACUAGGUCUUGGUCUCAUGCUCCUUUACUCCAUCUUUCUGCUCUGCUCCAUCCUCUUCGGUCAGCUCUAGAGGCGCUGACACACUCUUCAGUGCGUUCUUGUUUUGGUUUCAUUUUUAUAGUGUUUUUACUGUAGAUCAGGUACUAAAUCUUGACUGAUUUCAUGGCUGCGUACAGUGUAGCAGCAAGAGGAAAUUUUGUGCUCUGCAGAAACAACCUCAGCAUGGUUUUCAAGAUCCGGUCAGUUGUUUGUUCUGACCACAGCAGGAACGGUUUUUGAAUGCCUAAUUAAGCACUGCUUCAAGCUGGAAGGUUUACUGUAUAAUAUAAUGAUUUCUGUCUUCAGUCGACCCAGGAUGCUGACAACUUCCAGAAACACUAAAGUUACAAUCAGGCACUGUUUACCUGCUUAUGACUUCAGUAAUUCUUCUUGGGAGUGUUUUACCCUUGUAAAAAAGAAGUACAUUUUUAGCAUACUUAAUUUAAAGAAUACGUGUUAUGGACAUAACAUACUUUAAAUGAAUAUACUUAAGUGUGAACUGAAUGUAAUAUUUUCAGACACUUAAUUGCAUGUUCUUUGCAAUUAAUGAAAUUGUGUUAUAGUUUAAAUGUAUAU